GCUAUAAUAUUUUCAAACAAGCCCUAAGAAGCCCUGGCUAUAAUAUUUUCAAACAAGCCCUAAGAAGCCCUGGCUAUAAUAUUUUCAAACAAGCCCUAAGAACCCCUGGCUAUAAUAUUUUCAAUCAAGCCCUAAGAAGCCCUGGCUAUAAUAUUUUCAAACAAGCCCUAAGAAGCCCUGGCUAUAAUAUUUUCAAACAAGCCCUAAGAAGCCCUGGCUAUAAUAUUUUCAAUCAAGCCCUAAGAAGCCCUGGCUAUAAUAUUUUCAAACAAGCCCUAAGAAGCCCUGGCUAUAAUAUUUACAAACAAACCCUAAAAAGCCCAGGCUAUAAUAUUUUCAAUCAAGCCCUAAGAAGCCCUGGCUAUAAUAUUUUCAAUCAAGCCCUAAGAAGCCCUGGCUAUAAUAUUUUCAAACAAGCCCUAAAAAGCCCUGACUAUAAUAUUUUCAAUCAAGCCCUAAAAAGCCCUCGCUAUAAUAUUUUCAAUCAAGCCCUAAGAAGCCCUGGCUAUAAUAUAUUUAAUCAAGCCCUAAAAAGCCCUGACUAUAAUAUUUUCAAUCAAGCCCUAGAGUAUCUAUAUAUGCAAAUUUCAUACAAACUAUUCAUUCUUUUCUUACC